CCCUGGGGCUGCGCCUCUGGUGUCCGCCAGGACCCGACCUGGCUGCGCCCUUCCCGACGCAUCACGCAGAUGCAUCUGCGCUGGCCGUGCGCCGAGGGGCAGUCUCCUGUCGUGGGCCGCCGCGAGGCUACCUCUAGGGACGAGACUGCCUCGCGCCUUUGUACUCAGCACAAAGCUUCCUUCCUUCCCUCCUUUGUGAACCGCAGGAGGGUCGGCCGGCGACACCCUGAACUCGGUCCCCCGGGCGGGGCGGCCCCGCUGUUACUGAAGUUUCGGGGACGCCCUGCGGAGGGCAGGAAGGACCUUCCGGGCCCAGGCGCUUCUGCGCAGCGCCCCUUCCUUGAGGCUAGGUCACCCCAGGUGCAGCUCCCGCCCCCCAAGUGGCCUUUGGCUCCUCUUUCUCCUGGGGAGGAGGAUGGAUGCACCGGGAACGGAGAGCCUCGGGGACCUGAAGCCCUGGCGAGGUGGCCCGUACGAUCGCCGGGAGGGGGCGGUCACCUCGAGGCUGUGAAGAGGGGUGGGAGCAGUUGUCACAGGACGGAGCUGGCCAAAGGGUCCAAGUGCUGUGGUCUCCAGGCUGGACCGGUUCCGAGGGACGCCGGGGUUAGCCAGGGGUCACCCAGGGGUCUGGGAAAGACUAUGGGGCUUGGGAGAACUCAGGCUGGUCUUCUCGCUUGCAGGGAGUGGGGGGGUGUGCGGCCCGGGAUGUGACCUGUCGCCGGGCCAGCAAGGCGUGUCACCAGGCAGAUGGUCCGUGAACCGCGGCUCGGGGACUCCGCUCAGGUCGACGUAAGGUUCAGGGUCCCACAACGAUGGGAGUCCUUUGUCCCCACCGCUUCCCGACUUUCUGCCUCGGGACGGCGUAGGGAGGUGUCGGGGGCAGCACGCAUCCGCGGCCCUCCCGGGCCCUGGACCCCGAAGUCCCCUCCUGUCCUCCCCCGGCCUUCCCGCGGCUCCGCGGUGGGAGGGGCGCUCACGGCCCGCGCGUGUCGCCGGCGCAUCCCAGCCCCGCCCGUCCGCGGAAUCCCCGGCCGCCGCGGAGCGCGGCGCAGCUCACGACACGCUGCGGGGCCGGGGGACCGGCGGCGGCCAGAGGGGACGGCUAUUUUUAGAACAAAUGGAAGAAAAGGGGGAGGAAAAAAUACAAACACCAAAAUAACAACAACAAUGAAAACUGAUGGAGGCUCUUAGAGGCCUCGGCGCUCCCAGGAGGAAAUACCCCUGCCUCAGCGCGUGGCAGAAGGACCUUCCAGCCGCGUCACCAGCUGCGGGAGUCUCCAGGCGUCCCUCCCCUUGACCCUCCCCUGCCCCAGACUCGUCCCCGGCGGCCUCCGGGGCUCAGCUUCCUCCUGAAGCGCAGUCCCCUGGGGGAGGCCACGCUGCUGCGCCUAGCUGGGGUGAGGGGCCGGGAUUCCCUGUCGUAGCCUCAGUUUCCCCCGUCUGCAAACUGAGCGCUUUAAGCCAGCGGCCACCGCGGUGGCCCCAGCCCUUGGAGUGUCCUGGGUCGCUGUCUUGGGCCUCGGCGAGGAGCGCGCCGGGAGCCGGAGGGGAAUCCUGACCGUCCCCAGCGGCCGGGGGCCGGGGUCCGCGCUGCGGCGGCGCGCACACCUCGGUUCUCACGCCCUUGCCUGGCCGCCUGUUCACUUGGUUUUGCUCUUGGCCCGGGACGCAGGGGCUCCAGCAGCUGAGGCCGGAGACUGCUGGUGCAGAGAAGGAAAAACACAGACGGAGCUGUUCCGCUGCUGAGGGGCAACUUGGAGGGACUGAAGAACACGGGCCUCAGGUCUGUUUGGGAGCCCCGCCACUGAGCCAUGCCGGGCCCCCACAGGCCGGCCACAAGUCCAGCCCGGGGAGCAGGUGGCCAUGAGUAGCCGCAGCCACAAUGGCAGUGUGGGGCGGCCUCUGGGCAGCGGGCCUGGAUUCCUGGGCUGGGAGCCUGUGGACCCUGAGGCAGGCCGCCCCCCGCAGCCUGCCCAAGGCCCAGGCCUGCAGAUGGUGGCCAAGGGCCAGCCUGCUCGGUUGUCACCUGGUGGCCCCAGGGGCCAUCUCCAGGAGCAGGAGGAAGAAGAGGAGGAGGAAGACGAGGAGGCCCGGCCGGGAUCUGGGAAGCCCCCGACGGUCAGCCACCGCCUGGGACACCGCAGGGCCCUCUUUGAGAAGCGCAGACGCCUCAGUGACUACGCCCUUAUCUUUGGCAUGUUUGGGAUUGUCGUCAUGGUGACAGAAACAGAGCUGUCCUGGGGUGUGUACACCAAGGAGUCCCUGUACUCGUUCGCCCUGAAAUGCCUGAUCAGCCUGUCCACCCUCAUCUUGCUCGGCCUUGUCAUCCUCUACCACGCCCGAGAGAUCCAGCUGUUCCUGGUGGACAAUGGUGCUGAUGACUGGCGCAUCGCCAUGACAUGGGAGCGAGUGACCUUGAUCUCGCUGGAGCUGGCCGUGUGCGCCAUCCACCCGGUGCCCGGCCACUACCGCUUCACGUGGACAGCGCGGCUGGCCUUCUCCCUGGUGCCCUCGGCUGCUGAAGCCGACCUGGAUGUGCUCCUGUCCAUCCCCAUGUUCCUGCGCCUCUACCUGCUGGCUCGGGUCAUGCUUCUGCACAGUCGCAUCUUCACCGACGCGUCCAGCCGCAGCAUCGGGGCCCUCAACCGCGUCACCUUCAACACGCGCUUCGUCACCAAGACACUCAUGACCAUCUGCCCUGGCACCGUGCUCUUGGUCUUCAGCAUCUCCUCCUGGAUUGUCGCUGCCUGGACAGUGCGCGUGUGUGAGAGGUACCAUGACAAGCAGGAAGUGACCAGCAACUUCCUGGGGGCCAUGUGGCUCAUCUCCAUCACCUUCUUGUCCAUCGGCUAUGGAGACAUGGUGCCGCACACCUACUGUGGGAAGGGCGUGUGUCUGCUCACCGGCAUCAUGGGAGCUGGCUGCACUGCCCUCGUGGUGGCCGUCGUGGCCAGGAAAUUGGAGCUCACCAAGGCCGAGAAACACGUGCACAACUUCAUGAUGGACACACAGCUCACCAAGCGGGUCAAAAACGCCGCUGCAAACGUUCUCAGGGAGACGUGGCUCAUCUACAAACACAGCAGGCUGGUGAGGAAGCCAGACCACGGCCGGGUGCGGAAACACCAGCGUAAGUUCCUCCAAGCCAUCCAUCAGCUGCGGAGCGUGAAGAUUGAACAGGGGAAGGUGAACGACCAGGCCAACACGCUGGCCGACCUGGCCAAGGCGCAGAGCAUCGCGUAUGAAGUCGUGUCCGAGCUGCAGGCCCAGCAGGAGGAGCUGGAGGCGCGCCUGGCCUCCCUGGAGAGUCGCCUGGACGCCCUGGGCGCCUCUCUGCAGGCGCUGCCGGGCCUCAUCGCCCAAGCCAUAUGCCCUCUGCCACCGCCCUGGCCGGGGCCCGGCCACCCGGCGCCGGCCACCCAGAGCCCAUUAGGCCGCUGUCUGCCCACCGUGGGGUCGGACUGCAGGUGACUGCCGGCUGCCGGUCACCGGACUGCUAGAUCUUGGCCAUCGUGUGGCCGCGGCUGGCUCCUCGCCGUUCUGACCACCAGGCCCCUGGAUUUGUAAGCCCAGGAGGAGCUGAGCAGAGAGAACUGGCAUUCUUCCCCGAGGCUGGACCGUGGGAUCCUGCUGGCCCCCUGGCUGUCCCAAGCCCCCGGAGGGCAAGGAGUAGCGGCAUUUCUAAGUAAAUCGGGAGCUACCUACCCGCCGUCUGUUCACAUGGCGGAGGGGCCCGCGAGCACCUCCGCAGAGGAGGUGGAUGCCCCAGCCUGAGGGUUCCUGAGCGGUGGGCCACUGCCGGUUCAUGGAGUCCCUGCUCUGUACAAUGCCUCUUCUUCAGGAUCUGAUCAGAGGGGUGAGGCCACUUUCCCGCAGACACACCGCAAAGGGCGGACAGAUUCCACUCGCUGGUCCUGAGGUCAAAGUGAGGGCAUGUGGGAGGGUCAGACUUGGAGGUGGUGGAGGCCAGGGCUACAGGCUCGCAGAAUGGCCGGGGUCCUUCCAGGCCUUGGGCACUUGGGGAACACUGGGAUCCUGACAGGGAUGGGUGGCCAGUCGGGACCCGGUGUGGGGCCUGACAAGCCCCCUGGUCUCGGGAGACAGUGGCCCCGCGCCGGCUGCCUGGAGGCCCGGCUUGUGGGGAGGAGCUGUGGGUGGAACUGGGCUCCACUCCCCUGCCGCAGCGGGCGUCUGUCCCAGGGAGAGGCAGGCCCAGCAGCCCCUCCCGAGACUGCCCACGAGGGCCUGGGGAACCCGGGCUCACCCUGUGCCCUGUAGGAGGCCACUGGGGUCAAACAGAACCGGGAGAAAUAAACAGGGCCGGCGGUGGCAGCCCUCUAAUCCCAACACUCGGGGGGCAGAAAUAAACAAGCCUGGAGGUGACCUGGGCCCCUCGGUGGCGA